CGUUACAAAUCCUUUGAUUCCCGAUAUCUUGGUAAUCGUUUAAUGAAAAUAAUCAUUUUUUUUUAAAUUGAUUUACUUUUAAGACACCUGUAUAAUCCGAGGAGGAUAUAGGGAAAACAAAGGUUAUGUUGGUAAUAAUAUAAUGGUGCCAAUGGUGGCCUACUUCAUUUCAUUGUAGGUCAUUAUUAUUUGUUAUGUUUUUUUUUUGAAAAUCUGUAUAGUGUGUUGCGAAUGGAUAGCGAAUCCGAGGAAAAGAGACUUUCCAUUUUAACAUGAGAGGAAAACGUUGGAGAUACGGUGUUAAAAUAAUGUCAACAAAUGGCUUCUAAUACAUGCAGAGUGGAAUGGGUCGAAAUAAUCGAGCCCCGUACGGGGGAGCAUAUGUACGCAAAUUUGGCAACUGGAGAAUGCGUAUGGGAUCCCCCAGAAGGUGUCCCGGUGAAGCGAACAGACUCCAACCAGUGGUGGGAACUAUUCGAUACGAACACGGCUAGAUUUUAUUAUUACAAUGCAAGUUCUCGACGUACCGUUUGGCACAAACCUACCAAUUGUGAUAUCAUUCCUCUCGCCAAGUUACAAACCCUUAAACAUAAUACAGACUAUUCCCCUGCUGCGACCAGUCACCAAAGUACCCAAACAGGCGAAACCGUAAGCAGGGGCCAAGUGUUAAGCUUAUCAGCCAGUACACCACAAUUAAGAAGAAAAUCGACGGAUUUAUGUAGAAGUAGUAGCUUUAGUCAACGUGUACCAGAAGCCCCUUUAUAUUCAAACUGGCACGAUACAAAUUUAUUGCCAUUAGAACACUUCUUAUUAAAAAAUAGUAGAGAUACCGACAGUGAACAUUCGGAUUCAGGUAGUGGAUCUUUAACCGGUCAUGAACCUGACAAUGAAGAUUCAGAUCAAUCCGAUGAUUUGCCUCGAAAUGCGCGUAAUCCCGAGUACCUUAAUCUUCCAACCUCCGUUCCUGAACCCCCCAGAGAACGAGCACCCGCUCCUCUGCUCAAACCGCUUGCCGAACCUCCCUUACAACCCGAACGAGAGGCUGACAUGGAAAAAUUUGCCGCCGACAAUUUAAAUCUAGGCGGACGAGGUUUGUUUAGAAGAAAAGCUAGUGUACGAGACUUACUCAGUUGGUCAAAUAGAGGUUUAUCACGUCCAUUACUAGCUUCUAGUAAAUCUGUAGCUCGACAAGCAUUGGAAAUAUUCCGUCAAGUACAAAUGUACAUGGGCGACCGGAAAUCUCGACCGGACGUCACCAAAAACUGUCUACUUAUGGAAAUAUUAAACGCAGCUUACGCCAAACCUUUACUUAGAGACGAAUUAUUCGUCCAACUUUGUCGACAAACCACCGAGAAUCACUCGAAGGAAUCAUUGCUUCAAGGUUGGGAAUUACUUACAAUCGCUUUAGCCUUUGUACCACCCAGCCCUGAAUUUCAACCCGCUUUACUUGGAUAUUUAAAUCGACAUAGAGAUCCUACAUUUGCCAGGGUCUUUCCAGAAGUUAGUAGGUGGCCUAUACAUGUACAGGUCAAUCAUUACGCUACAGUUGCUUGCCAAAGAUUAGAACGUAUAGGAACGGGUGGUAAACGGACCGCUCGUCGACCAGUGAUAGACGACAUCGAGUCGGCACGAACCCAAAUAUUUCAAGCGAGCUUAUUCGGAAAUACAUUACGCGAAGUAAUGCAACUUCAAGUAACCCGUUGGCCGAACCGGAAAUUGCCUUGGCCGCAAGUUGAACUUUCGCAACAAGUACUUCGAUUGCAAGGUUUAAGUACAGAAGGAAUCUUUCGAGUUUCCGCGGACGUAGACGAAGUAGCCCGUCUGAAAGCGCAGAUGGACCGUUGGGAAUUAUCCGAGCCUAGCGACGCUCACGUUCCAGCUAAUCUGUUAAAAUUAUGGUUGCGCGAACUUUACGAGCCAUUAAUUCCUGACUCAUUGUACCCAGAAUGUAUAGCAGAGCCAAUGACGCCACGAAGAGCUUGUGAUUUGGUGCUGCGAUUACCAACACUACAUCGUUUGGUUCUCUGCUAUUUAAUACGAUUCUUGCAGACUUUUAAUCAACCGGAGGUCGUUCAACAUACCAAAAUGGACGCAUCGAAUUUAGCGAUGGUGUUUGCGCCAAAUUGUUUAAGAUGUACGGCAACUGAUCCGCGUACAAUGUUCGAUAACGCUCGAAAGGAAAUGGCUUUUAUGCGAUGUUUAAUUCAAGAGCUGGACACCGAGUGUGUACGCGAAAUGAUAUGAUAUCCAUCCCAAUCCCUCCUUCAACAAUAUCAUUUCCAUUUUUCUUUUUGCCAUAUUUAGAUAUUGAGAGAGACAGACAGGUUCCGUUUCUGUUUUUAAAAGCAGCUUGAUCGCCUAAGUUGUAUUUCGAGUACCUACUUUUAAUAUAUUGAACCUAACCCGAAACACCUUGUAUAUCAAAACAUGUAUAUUAAAUAAAAAUGUUUCGUCUUUUAUUUACCUUAUA